AUGGAAAACAGUACCGAGGUGACUGAGUUCAUUCUUGUGGGGUUAACAGAUGACCCCAAGCUACAGAUCCCACUCUUCAUUAUCAUCUGUCUCAUCUACCUUAUCACUCUGGUUGGAAACCUGGGCAUGAUCGAGCUGAUUCUGUUGGACUCUCGCCUGCACACUCCCAUGUACUUUUUCCUCAGUAACCUCUCCCUGGUGGACUUUGGUUAUUCCUCCGCUGUCACUCCCAAAGUGAUGGCAGGACUCCUCACAGGAGACAAAAUCAUCCCCUACAAUACUUGUGUCUCCCAGUUCUUCUUCUUUGCAGCUUUUAUCACUGUAGAAAACUUCCUCUUGGCCUCAAUGGCUUAUGACCGCUACGCAGCAGUAUGUAAACCCCUGCAUUACACCACCACCAUGACGACAGGUGUGUGUGCUCGUCUGGUCAUAGGCUCCUACGUCUGUGGCUUCCUGAAUGCUUCCAUCCACACUGGGAACAUUUUCAGGCUCUCCUUCUGCAGGUCCAAUGUGCUCGAUCACUUUUUCUGUGAUGCCCCUCCUCUCCUCGCCCUCUCAUGCUCAGACAACCACAUCAGUGAGAUGGUUAUUUUCUUGGUGGUGGGGUUCAAUGACCUCUUUUCCAUCCUGGUCAUCUUGAUCUCCUACCUGUUUAUAUUUAUCACCAUUCUGAAGAUGAACUCAGCCGAGGGACGCCAAAAGGCCUUUUCCACCUGCACCUCCCACCUCACUGCAGUCUCCAUAUUUUAUGGGACAGGCAUCUUCAUGUACUUACAGCCCAGCUCCAGCCAUUCCAUGGACACAGACAAAGUGGCCUCCGUGUUCUACACCAUGGUCAUCCCCAUGCUGAACCCCUUGGUCUACAGCCUGAGGAACAAAGAGGUCAUGAGUGCCUUUAAAAAGGCAGUAGGGAAGGCAAAGUCUUCCAUAGGAGUCAUAUUUUAA